CGUAUUUUAAUUAAUCAGAUUGUACCUGCAAAGCGUCUUGCCUAUAUAAACGAUAGACUUAUCAUGGUAAUCGCAUUCCACAAUGUUACGGUUUGUUGUGCUGUGCUGUAUCCUAGCGGUCGCUGCUGCCGGACCCCCGGUGGUGAAGACCAGGGCCCAAAUCCAGAACUACAAGAUUGCAUUGGAAAAGUCCAGAGAAGACGAUGGGUUGACCUUGGAGGAGCGUAUGGCAGCACACCCCGAAAUGAACGCAUGGGCUAACAGCGGGAAGUAUCAAGGCGAUAUUGUCUUGGAUGAUGAGCUCAUCGAGGAUAUGGUCGAGGAGUUCUCGACUGGUUCUCGAAUGGCUUACACCAGGGCCAACACGCGGUGGCCGCAGGCAACUGCUGUCUACGAGUUCGGAGCUGGAGAAUUCAAUCUUGAUCAACAAAGGUUCAUCCUCAAUGUGAUGACCAGACUUUCUGAAAGGACCUGUGUCAGAUUUCGUGUCAGAAACGCCAACGAUCGUAACUUUGUGAGAAUUACGGGAAGAGCCACCGGUUGCUACGCCCAUGUUGGUUUCAGUGCCAACCGUGGCAUUCACACCUUGAACUUGGCUCGUAGCAACCCUGGUCAGGGUUGCCUCAACUUCGUAGUCAUUGCCCACGAGUGGUACCACGCCUUAGGCUUCUUCCAUAUGCAAUCAACUUACAACAGGGACACAUACGUCCGCAUCCACUGGGAGAAUAUUCAACAAGGUAUGUCGCACAACUUCGACAGAUACGACAGUAGCAUCGUAUCCAACCUUGGUCUGCCGUAUGAGUACGGAAGCAGCAUGCACUACGGCACUCAUUUCUUCAGCAGUAACGGCCGUCCCACGCUCAGCACCACCAGGCAAUACAACGGAGUGUUGGGUCAAACUUCUGUGAUUACGGGCUUCGACAUCUGGAGGUUAUCUCGCCACUACAAUUGCCCCGGAGCCUGGAGCGCAGACGUUAUGGAGAAAGCAAGGACCACUCUCUAUGUUCCCACUGAAGAGGGUGACCUGAUAGAGCAUACUGUUGACAGUCCCCUGAUCGAUGAAUUGGAAUUGUUUGAAGAUACCAAAUUCGAGGAAGAGGACCAAAAUUGAACAUUUGAAAACGUUGAAUGAAAGAGAUCCGCCUGGCUUAUUCCAA